AUGGCGACGCCUUACAGACCAAGGAGAUACUACGAUUCCUCGUCCGCAGUGCUUCUUUCGGUGAUUCGUACUUUAUCUACAAGUGGUAAUAUCAAGCAAAGAGAGAAUGAAAAAGAAAGACUCCAGUAUGAGUUUAGGGAUUGUGAUGAUAAACUUAACGGCCUUGUUGAAGAACAACAAGUGCACCUCAAGGACACAAUAAGGAUCUUUACAGGGAUAGCAUCAAGAGUUGAAGCAUCCCGAAACAGAGUCAGGCAUUUGAAGGAAAGUCUUCAAGCUUGUAAGACACUUUUGAGAUGUAAACGAGAUGACUUGAAGAAAUACUGGAUGGAGGGAAUGGAAUACAAUGAAGUUUUAAGCCUCCUGGAUAGAAUUGAUCAAGUCAAAAAUGUUCCAGAACAAAUUGAAAAACACAAAAAGCAAAAGUAUUACCUCCAUGCCACAGAGCUACUUGUCUCUACAGUUUCACUUCUCGAAGGCAGUUUGUCAGGUGUGGAAGCAUUACGUCAUGUACGACUUGAUUUGCAGGCCAAGAAAAAGGUAUUUCAUGAGACACUUAUAGAGGAACUUCACAGACACCUGUAUAUCAGGUCUUGUAAACCAAAACAGAGAGAAAGGUUGAUAUCAGGUUCUAAUGAUAGUAAAACACAAAGGACUGCAACAAGACUCAAAGUUACAGAGACAGUGCCAAGUAUCCAGACACCUGUGGGGAAUUUCCAAAAAACACACACAAGAUCUGCAUCAAGAUCACUGAUGCUUGAACAAGGUAGCACUGAAACAGACAUCAACAGCAAGAUUGGCGAUGAGCUCGUUGAAGAUCUCAAUGUUGAUCCUGAAAAAGACAGCGAUCAUUUCAUGACAUUGCUGAUUGAAUCCUUAGCACUGUUGGGCAAGAUACCUGAAGCAAUUGAGUCUUAUUGUUAG